AUGAAUUUCGCUGCUACAAAGAAACAAGAUGCUCCACCCCCCAAGAAACCUAUGACAGCCCCCACAGUGGAACGCGCGAGACGAACGUCUGUCCCAUUGGAAUGCCCUUUGGAUGAUGGUGUUUUCCUGAUGUACGAAAAGGAGACUGACACGGUGUAUGCGCAGUGGAGUAAGACCCCUCAAACCACCGCCUUAGCUUGGCUUAAACCGCUUGUUGCGAUUCCAGAGCAUAAAUACAAAGUUAACGGAGGAAGACAAAAUCUCUUCACGAAAGCAGUGGAAGAGGGUAAAUAUUACAAAGGCUGGAUCCGGUUUAUUUGUAUAGUAAAUGAAUAUCCUUCAAAGUUAAUGCUGCUAGAAAACUUUGCUGCUGCUGCUGCACCCGAUGUACAAUUGCUGCUGCUGAUUCCUUCGGGUGUAGCAGCAGGAGAGGCUUCUGCUGCAGCAGCAGCAGCAACAGCAGCAGGAGGAGGAGGAGGAGGAGCCGAAUCUACAUGUGUUGCUGUUGCUCUUGAUUUAUAUAAUAAACUCUACGAUCUAAAAAACGUAUUUGCUGUUGCUGCUGUACCUUGCAGCAGCAAAUUAAUUCCGACGCAGCAGCCGAUAACCCCUCAUAAAUUUCUACAGAUGGGGACAGGCGAAGGCGAUGCAGCGUCGAUACACCUCAAAAAGACAUAA